AAUUUUAAGAUUCGUACUAAUAGCUGACGACGCCAGAUAUUUUGGUGCAAAUAUCUGAUCAGAAACACAUAUGCUUGUUAAUCAUGGUUCUACUCGAUAAUGAUGCGUUUAUCGCGCAAUUAAACAAGUUAUUUGAAAAAUCUCGUACAGCUGGCUCAGUGAGACUAACAGUGAAAAGAUUCGAUGGAAUCCAGAAACCAACGCCUAGGGAAGGACGACCACCACAUCCAACACCUUCGGAGUAUUUGUGUCUGGUAAGGGCGUCGCAUCGUUCAAAGAAAAUUUCAACAGUGGUUCACAUGAAAGAUGUCAAUAAGUUCCAACAAGCAUAUUGGAAUUUGUUGAAAUCAAAUUUAAAUGGUCUCAAAAAGCAGAAAAAAGUGAAAACUGCUAAACCAAAAGCUCAAUGAUUUUUGUUUACAGUUAAUUAUAAUAAAUGUCUGCUUUGUUAUCACAAUGAUAUGUUGAUAAGAAUCACUUUUAAACUCAUUGAGUGAGUUUGGGCUAAUGAUUUUGCUGAAUUCUCACUGAUUAAGUUCACAUCUUUCACAAAUUAGAAGUAAUAAUAUGAGUGAAUGAGGUAUGUCAAGUAAAGCUGUACCUAAACUAUCAGUGUGGUAGAUAAUUCUAAGUAAAAUAUGUAAAAAAUAUUUUAGUGAAAAUGUAUAGUUAUUAUUCAUAAUUUACUUCACAGAAAAAUUGUAUUGAAAUUAUGGAGAAAACCCACAAUGUGCACCAUUGUAUGAAAAUUAUCAAUGUCAUUUGAAAAAGUUCUUAUAAUCAAA